AUGGCAAGGCGGCACGAGGAACCGCGGGGCGGCUCGGCCGGCCAGGACCAGCCCCGGCCCUUCGAGAGCCUGAGGUCACUGCCCAUGGCGGCCUCCAGGGCGAUCGUUGGUCAAUUGGACCUGUUGACGCUCGGGCGGGCGGCGUUGGCCAACAGGGAGUGGAGCGCCGUGCUGCGCGAAGUGACGUCCGCGGCGGCAUUCUGGCGCCAGCUCUUCGGAUCCAGCCUGAGGCCGGCGCAGUUGAUGCUUGUGCAAGGAGAUAGAAACAAUGUGGACUUCAAGAAGCUUGUGCAGAAUUGGCAUUCAUGCUCAGCCACAAAGACGAUAUUGAUGCCAGACGUUCAUGGGAAGUGGGGGGUUGGAGGGAGCCAAAGGUAUUGCGUGAACAGCAUAGCACUCAGUGGUGGGGCAAACAGCCUCUGGGCAUGGAGUGUGGGCAACGACGGAGCCCUUGUUGGCUCAGAUUUGGAGGCAGGGUCCUGCGCAACUCGGCUGCUGCUGGCGCACCAGGCCCCCGCGCAGUGCAUUGCACUGCUCGAAGGUUGUGGUGUGGAGGCAUCGAGCACUGAGCCCCAUGGUGUGAUAUGCACGGCUGGAAGUGACAAGAUGCUGAAAGCCUGGGACCCCAGGAUGAUUGGAUACUUGAAGGGGAAUGCAGCCUGGGCGGUAGAGGCACAUGCCGACGAAGUCUACGCGCUGGCGUGCAUAGCAACAUGUGGUCAACAGCAAGUGCUGACAGGUGGUGCUGACGAGUGUGCGCACCGAUGGGACGUCCGCAAUUUGAGGGGCCCUGUGAACUCGUACGAGGGCCAUUCAGGAACCGUGUACUGUGUUGCAGCCGAUGCCGGCAGAGGGGUUCUCUAUAGUGGGGCGGGGGAUGCUCACAUUAACCGCUAUGACCUGCAGACAGGCGAGUGGCUGACCUCCCUGUUGGGCCACACGGGGGAGGUUUAUGCACUGGCAGUUGGCAAAGACCGACUGGUGUCCGGAGGCGACGAUGGCACCAUUAGGGAGUGGGCACUGGCAGGAAAGGACAAUGCGCCAGAAGAGCAGGACCCGGUGGCAACGCUAGCGAUGCAGCUGCCAGAGCAGUAUGGCGGUCAGACGGAUGUCAGCGUCACGGGACUCAAGGCCCUAGGAACAUCUCCCAAGGGCAUGCUGGUGGCAACAUGGCAAGGUGGUUUGAUCAAGGCAGAGAGGCUUGGCAGACUGAAGACUCUUGGCGAUUGCCUUUUGAGGCCAUUUGGUGGUGAAUACGUCCCUGUUACCUGCCUGGACGCCUGCGACACGGUGGUGGUCAGUGGCUUUGAGAAUGGCUGCGUCAGGGUGAUGCAUAUGAUAUGA